CAUGCCCCCGCUCGCCGAGCGCCAGCCUGCCGCAGGAUCCGCCUCGUCGCCCUUCGGCGUGCGCGCUUCUCUCCCGGGGGUGUCCCGCCUCCUCCUCGCCCCCGCCCCUCCCCUCCCCGCGCCUGAAGAUGCACUUGCACAGGGCUCUGCUGCUCCUCUCGCUCCUGAGCUUGGCCACCGUCAGCCUGUCGCUCUCCUCCUGCACGACACUGGACCUGGAGCACAUCAAGAAGAAGAGGGUGGAGGCGAUCCGGGGCCAGAUCCUGAGCAAGUUGCGCCUCACCAGCCCCCCGGAGACUGCGGGGCCGAGCCACGUGCCCUACCAGAUCCUGGCUCUGUAUAACAGCACCCGGGAGCUCCUGGAGGAGAAGGAGGACGAGAAGGAGGAGAGCUGCUCCCAGGACCACACCGAGUACGAGUAUUACGCCAAGGAGAUCCACAAAUUUGACAUGAUCCAGGGGUUCCCGGAGCACAAUGAACUGACUUUCUGCCCCAAAGGCGUAACUUCCAACAUGUUCCGGUUCAACGUGUCUUCAGCGGAGAAGAACAGCACCAACCUCUUCCGGGCCGAGUUUCGGGUUCUGCGAGUGCCAAACCCCAGUUCCAAACGCACUGAGCAACGUAUUGAACUCUUCCAGAUCCUGAAGCCUGAUGAGCACAUUGCAAAGCAGCGCUAUCUCAGUGGCCGGAACGUGAUGACUCGGGGCUCCCCAGAGUGGUUGUCCUUUGACGUCACAGAAACUGUGCGUGAAUGGCUUUUGCAUAGAGAAUCUAAUCUGGGACUGGAAAUCAGUAUCCACUGCCCAUGUAACACCUUCCAGUCCAAUGGUGACAUUCUGGAGAACCUGCAUGAGGUGCUGGAGAUCAAGUUCAAAGGCAUUAACAGUGAAGAUAGCCAUGGGCGAGGGGACUUGGGGAGCCUGAAGAAGCAGAAGGACCUUCACAACCCCCACUUGAUCUUGAUGAUGCUGCCCCCACAUCGGCUUGGGAGUCCAAGCCUAAGAAGCCAGAGAAAGAAACGAGCGCUCGACACCAAUUAUUGCUUUCGGAACAUGGAGGAGAACUGCUGCGUUCGCCGCCUCUACAUUGACUUCCGACAAGACCUAGGCUGGAAAUGGGUCCAUGAGCCGAAGGGGUACUUUGCCAACUUUUGCUCUGGACCAUGCCCGUACCUCCGCAGUGCAGACACAACUCACAGCACGGUGCUUGGCCUAUACAAUACGCUGAAUCCUGAAGCAUCUGCUUCCCCCUGUUGUGUGCCCCAGGAUCUGGAGCCUCUCACCAUCCUGUACUAUGUUGGAAGGACUCCCAAAGUGGAGCAGCUCUCCAAUAUGGUGGUGAAAUCCUGCAAAUGUAGCUGAAAGGGACCCAGGGCCACCCACAGCUGAGAAACUGCAACGAUCCACCUUCUGCUCCCAGAGCCAAAACCCAAGUAACUUGGAGGAGGGCGCUGUGAUCUGGCCUUCUCACACUGCAACCCCGGACAAAUGACCAACUUCGAAGACCUUUUAAAAAAUCCAUGAACCAACACCGCUCUGCCUUCUUGGCUGUGUCACCUUUUCUCUGGGAUUAUUUACUUUUGCAACGUGGGAGGCUUGAGGAAACAGAAACACAUAUCGGCUGGACAUUUAAUACAACCAAACGAAGAGAAUUUCACUCAAAAAAGGCAAGUGUUAGCAGAGCUGUGGACAGAUGGAGGGGACAGAGAAAAGAAGACUUCUAGUCCCACUGCUACCUUUCGAGGAGCCCAACCUUCCCUAAAAAGGGUGAAGAUUUCCUUAUAAAGGAAUUAAUAUUGUCUUAGAAAUCAGACUAUAAUGGAAAUAAUUAUUCUUUAGACAGUGGGUGCAGGAGUCUGUGGUCCAAGCUGCUCAGAAUGGCCAGUCUAAAAAGGACCUAUUGACGUGAUUCCCACAAAGGUGAAUUCUUCUACAGUUUCUCUCUCCUUGUGAAGCACCUGCUACAUGAUGUUUGAGUCAGAGGGGGGGACUUUGCUCCUGUGCCCCACCCUCCUCUCCAGCCCAGUCUUAGGCAGUAAAUCUUCAAAGGAGUCUGCAUUUGCUGUUUUGGUGGAGGUAUUAUAAGGAACUCUGCACAUCUCUUGCACAAGGACCUGGACCAGGCCACACCUGCCAAGGUUUUAUUAAAAAGUAUUAAUCUCAAAUAUUGUAAAAAAUAAAUAUUUUUUGGAAAUUGGAA